AUUGGGCCACUUUUCUAACAAGAGGUCAUAAAUCUUUCUCUUGGUAAGCUUCGUGCUUCUUUAGUUCAUGUAGUUGAGGUGUCCAUGCCCUGAAGAUGGAAACCACGAUAGCCAGUGGCUCCGGUUUCUUACCUCUCCGACCGCCGUUAUCUCCUUCGACUGGAGCCUCACAGCUUCGGACUAAAAUCAAACUAUCGAGAUUUGAACAUCAUCGGAAGUUGGUGAUAUCGAAUGCUUGUGGGUCGCGAGAUGAUGGGUCUGUCAAUGAUUUUCCAAUCAUACGCAGAAGAAUUUUCAUGGAAGAGACUAUUGGAGCUGAAUAUGGAGAAGGUUUUGAGACUUUCAGACCAGAUGGACCUCUUAAAAUUGAUGUGGAUUUCCUGAAUGACAGAUUGCAAGAGGGAUUUCUUCAAAGAAUUCGAUAUGCAAUGAAACCCGAUGAAGCUUACGGUCUUAUAUUUUCUUGGGAUAAUGUCAUGACAGAUAGUCGGACGUUGAAGUUAGAGGCAUGGAGACAGCUAGCAGCGGAAGAGGGAAUGGAAAUUCCUAUAGAUGUUGGCACUCAAAGGCUUUUACUUUAUGCAGAUGCUGAUCAUGUUGUGCGCAAGGUUUUUGGCUGGGAGGGAGCAGAAACUGAAUUAGAUACGUUUAAGCUAAGAUUUUCACAGAUAUAUAAUGACAAUCUUCUCAGACUCUCAGAGCCCAUGGAUGGGUUAGUUGAAUGGCUUGAAGCAGUAUCUACUGCUCGAAUCCCUUGUGCUGUUGUUUCCAGUUUUGGCCGUAGAAAUAUGGUGGAAGCAUUGGAACGAAUGGGGCUGAGGAAGUACUUUCAGGCAAUAAUAUCAGAGGAGGACGGGAUGGAAUCUAUAGCUCAUAGAUUCCUUUCUGCUGCAAUGAAGUUGGAUAGGAAACCUUCCAAGUGCGUCGUAUUUGAGGAUGAUCCCAGAGGGAUAACAGCUGCUCACAAUUGCACUAUGAUGGCUGUAGCAUUAAUUGGUGCCCACCCAGCGUAUGAUCUUGGGCAAGCGGAUCUUACAGUUGGUAGCUUCAACGAGCUUUCGGUGAUCAACCUGAGAAGGUUAUAUGCUUGCAAGGACUUUACGUUUAUGGAGCCGCAAAAGCAGAUAAUAGAGAGAAGUCCUCCUAGAAGGAAGCUUGGAAUAGACACCAUCUUUUGACCCACAAUUGUAGAAAUUUCUCAUCUUAUUAUAGCAGCAGCUUGUCAUCAUCAAUCAUAGGAUGUUUUCUUUUUAUACUCCUUGAUUUCUCAUUGUAUAAAUUAAUUGGGGUUUACAGAAUCUGUUUCCAUAUAUCAAUAUAAAAGCUUCUUAGAAAGCUCAUCUGUCA